AUAUCCGUUUUAAUGCAGUUUAGCCUUUUUUCUCUAUAAACACGUAGAUACAGGUAAAGUUUAAUGUAAUAUAGUUUGUCUUUAUACCGGAAUUCCGAUAAACGCUGGCACUGUCGGUCAAGAAUGGCUCAUAGCACUGCAAUUCCAUUCAAAAGACAUUGGCAGUCUUGAAAAUUUUUAAAGAGUAGGAUGGUCAUUGGAAUGUUUUGGUACAGCCCGGCUUAGGGCGGGAGAAUAACCUCUUACCAUGGCUUCACGGGACGGCGUGUCUAGUGACUCUGGAGGCCAACAAGGAGGGGUGAAUCCUAAGGCAAAGACAGAUCCUAAGAAGGGCUUGAAGGAUGCGGCUGCCUUCUUCAUUGGCAUAGCCAUGUUUCAGGUCUUUUACAUUACCCUGUCUUCCGGAAAGUUUACACUGGAAAGGUUCAAGAUACCUCCGAGUCAUAUCAGUAUAUACAUUAACCGUAUGGUUAUAUCAUACAGAAUAUUCUCGUUCCUCGGGGUAUUUGCAGUUCUAAUUUACGAUCUGGGAUAUGGCCAACACUUUGGCCCGGUCCGUCGUUGCUUGUUAUUACUGCUGGCUUUCUUUUACUUUGUAAUCAUUCUGGUCUACCAUAUCGGAGGUGAGCAAGGCUACGUUACUCUCUUCUACUGGGUCAUUGCCAUUUCCGCAUUCCUUGUUGGUUCAUCCUACACUCUGGCUGCAAAAAUUGCAUCAGAUAACAUCCAAUACCUCCUUGUUUCCUUGCCGAUAUCAAAGGUGCUGACGUUCUUUUACCAGCUCGGGUUCCUUACGAUUUGGGAAUACUUUGGACUCUCGGAUACCUACUACUGGAUGGUCGUGUGGCAAGCCAUAAUCGCAAUUUUCCUCUGCGCCCUAACAGCAUGCCUGUGGAUUCCAGGUUUUGAAGUUGAAGAGGGUAGCCAACUAUCUGAGAAGGGUGAAAAUAAGCCUGAGAGUACUGAGAAAGAUGACGAAGGACCUCAUAAUGCAUACAACAUUUUUGAUUCAUGUAUGAGGGCGAUUUCACCAGUUCUCAUGUCGACCCUUGGAUUUGGACUGCAGAAUGCAUUUUAUCCGGGCGUAUCACCGUAUAAACUCACAGGGAUUGAUCAAGGUUUUAAAAUUACCAUGGUCAUCUUGUUUACGAGUGGAAUACCAUCACUUGUAAACUUGGGUUUAACGUCGAAAGGUAUAGGUCCAAAUAGGCCAUGGACAGGCGGUGAUCGUAUAUGGCAUGGAGCGUGGCUGUUUUUCUGUAUACAAGUUAUCUGCGCAAUCAUUUUCGUCUGCGGUUUACACUACCCAGGGUGGCCACUAUCGCGAGCCAUUAGAAGCGAUGCUAGAAUUCUCGGCCUUGUAACGGUAAUUUACGAUUUGUGCCUCCAGAUCACCUAUGUGAUUGGAACUAGUGGAAUCACCAAACAAGGUGGAAAGAGUCCCUUGAAAGUGUCUACUGUGAGAAUAUUUACCCUGACAUUUGCACAAAUAUCUGCUGCAUUCAUAGGGGAUGGUUACGUCAAAAUAUAUUCCAAGCAUGAGAACAACAGAAAUAAUUGGCCUACUGCUCACUACAGUGUGCUAAGGGCAUUUUGGUUCUGGACCUGGAACACAACAAAAAUUGCACUGUCAAAUGUAGGCAAGGCAUUCACAAUAGACUUGAGGAAGGAUAUUCUUGUUAAAAAGGAGCAUCUAUUUAUUGUUUACGAUGAUGCUCCUCCUGAAGAUGAUGAUCCUCUACUUGACCUUCCAUUCAUUCACAAGAAGGAGGAGUCUCCAGAUAAUCACAGUUUCAAGGGAGCACACAUUUUUCACUAA